AAUUCUUCAAUAAAAAAAAACAAUGUCACGUUUAGAACAGAUGAGAGAGAAUUUUCUUAAAAAAAUUCAUAAUGAACAAUUUCAAGAAUAUCAACAACAACAACGACAACAAUCAAUGAUGACAAGAACAAAAUCAACGAUUAAUAUAUCAUCGAAUUCAUCACGAUCAUCAUCAUCAUCCAAUACAUAUCAACGAAUGCCAAUACGUCGUGAAUUAUCAGCAUUAUCAAUAAAUCGAUAUUCAUCACCAUCAAAUAAUCAUUGUAUGUCCACUAAUCAAAGACAAACAACAACUAAUCGUGUAACAAUAUCGCGUGUAAAAUCUCUUAAUAAUGUAAGCAAUAUGACAAUGACGAUGAUGAUGACACCAGGAUAUGAUCAACAUUAUCAUCCAAUAAAUCAUACAAAAUCGAUAUUGGGUAGACGAAAUUCAAGUAAUCAUCAAACAACAGCAACAUCGUUGAUGAAUGGAUAUUAUUUGGAUAAUAAUAAUGUCAACAACAACAACAACAAUACAGUAAUGUCAAAACGUUCAUCAAAUGUGAACAAUGGAUCGAUGCAAAGUGGCAAUAUAGGUGGAUCUUCAAGAAUCUUGAAAACGAAUACAAGUGGUACUUGUGACGAAACGAUACAACCACCACCAUUGCCAACAUCGAGACGAAAUGUUACAAGCCAUCAUCAUACAUCAUUGGCAAAUAGAAAUAAUCAGCAACAACAACCACAAUGUAAAUAUUGUCAACGAAAAUUUGCGGCCAAAGAUCGACUUGUUAAACAUAUGGAAAUAUGUGGUCGAAUAUCGAAAAAACAACGUCCAAUAUUUCAAUCAUCACGACAAAGACAAUUAAAAUUACAAACAUUGUCAUCAACCAUAUCUAAGGUCGAUGAUAAAAAUUAUGAUGAUGAUGAUGAUAAUAACAAUCAAAAAAACAACAAUAAUAAUAAUGACGAUGAUGAUCAAGAUCCGAAACUUUCUUCCAAUAAUCGUGAUGAUAAUGAUGAUGAUGAUAAAAUUCCUAAAUGGAAAUUAUCAAGACAAAAAUUUUUAGAUAAUCUUAAACAACAACGUAAGCUAAUGAUACAACAACAAAUGGUUAAAAAAGAUGAUGAUGAUGAUGAUGAUAAUUCACCAAAAACCAAAACAAAUGAGAUGAUGAUUUUCCAUGGUAACGAAUCAUCAUUGAAAACGACAGCCAAAUUCAAUGGUGGUAAUAACAUCAACAACAACAACAACAACGAUAAAUCAUGUAGAAAAUGUGGACAAAAGUUUCCAACCGAAGUUUUAGCUCGUCAUGAGAUAUUUUGUGAAUCGAAAAAUGUUCAAAAUUCAUAAUAAUAAUUCAUUUUAAUAAAAAAAAUUUGAUUUAA